AGAACGGACUUGUCUUUAUUCAAACCAGUUCACCCAGUUCGCAGACUUUUUUUUUUAAUUACAAAAACACAGAGCAAGUUUUCUGGGCACCUGGGGAAUGGACGUUGAACUCCAGAGGUUCACUGACACAUAAAGUGACCCUGCACAGCUGUCAGGGCUUCUCAGCACUUCUCACCACUCACUUCCAGGAGCUGGCAGUGGGGCCCACGGAAGGAUGGAAUCUGGGUGGUCCGCGUGGUCAGCUGACCCCCGAGCUGGUUUCUGGCUGGGGCAGGGACACAGGACCCUGUCCUGCUCUGGCUCUAUGGAGCAUGUGCCUGGGUCCGAGACUCCUCUCUCUGCACCUCGGUGUCCCCACGUGUGAGAGGUGGACGGGCAGACCUCGGCGGCGUGCGCCCGUUCUAACCUCCUGCAAGUUCCGAGCCAUGCAGUAGACCUGGGGCGGGGCUCGCAGGAGGCUGGCGCGGAGCAGGGGUUCCGAGCCGGCCCGCUUCCGCCCCGCCCAGCCUUCUAAUUUGGCGCCUUCCUCGGUUCUCCCGCAGCCCCUCGAAUCGGCCGCUUUCCUCCCCGUCCCCUUCCUCUUCCUCCAGGGUUGGCAGAGCCCUACACCUCCCCUUUCGCCCCCCUUCCCCGCUCGCUGGCCGGCCCGGCGCGCCCGUCCCCAGCGCGGCCCAGCAGCUGCCCCCGGCGCCCCCUCCCCGCCCCCGCCCCGGAGCCGCGGCGCCCCGCGGGCACACGCCUUCCCAUACCUUACAUGGACAAAUGCGUGCAAGCAAAGUCAGGAAUUCAGGCCCCUGACGUCAGCCUCCAGCGCUCAGGGCACCGCACGGGAGACCGGGGAGGGGGUGGGGAGGAAGGAGGGGAAGGCACCAACCAGCGGCCGCUCCAGCCCUACCGAAGUUUCACUUUUUGUCUGUGGGUUCGCUCCCGGGCCCCACAAGAGCUUUCCCGGGAUAAGUAGCUUUAGCGAGCGGGCAGACACAGGCACUGCAAGGUAAGGGCUGGCUGCUCCGCGGGGCCGGGGCCGGGGCCCGGCCUGGGGCGCAGGGGGCGGGCGGGGUGCUCCGCGGGCCGGGCCUGUCGGGUCGGGGACAAUGCGAGGGGGAGUGCCCGGGCACCUCCUCCGCCCUGCCUCCGCCUCCCGCCGCCGCCGCAGCCGCCGCUGCCCCGUCCGUCCGCCUCCACACCGAGGCCGUGACCUUGAAGAGCAGAGACAGACGUGGACGAGGAAUCUGGUCAGCUGCUUCUCAGUCCUGUGAAGCUUUGAUUGUUUCGCGCUGUGCCCCCAACGGAGGGAAGAUAUUUUUCCUUCAUUGAAACCACUGCUGUGUUGGACCACAUUUUCCCUGGACCCUUGUGGUAACCCCAGAAGGUGGUGGGAACGUGGGCGACCUACUGCUUCUUCAAAGACACUAGCAUUUCAUUUGCCUGAGCCUUGUCCCUACUGCGCUGUCCAAGAGCAAGCUACCCCAGAUUUCAACAAUGUCUCAUCCUACUUGGCUGCCACCCAAGAGCACUGGAGAGCCCCUUGGCCACGUUCCUGCGCGCAUGGAGACCACUCAUUCUUUUGGGACUCCCAGUAUUUCCGUGUCUACGCAGCAGCCACCCAAGAAGUUUGCACCAGUAGUUGCUCCAAAGCCCAAGUACAACCCCUAUAAGCAACCUGGAGCUGAGGGUGACUUCCUGCCACCCCCGCCUCCACCUCUGGAGGAUCCCAGCAUUCUUCCAUCUGGCUCGGGAAGCUUCCCUCCUCCACCACCCCUUGACGAAGGUGUCUUCAAAGUGCAGACAAAUCCCGGAGGGAAGACCCUUGAGGAGAGACGCUCAAGCCUGGACGCUGAGAUCGACUCCUUGACGAGUAUCUUGGCUGACCUCGAGUCCACUUCUCCCUACAAGCCUCGGCCUCUGCAGGGCAGUACUAGUUCCACAGCUUCUCCUCCUGUCGCCACCCCUGUCACAGGACACAAGAGAAUGGUCAUCCCAAACCAACCCCCUCUGACAGCAACCAAGAAGUCUACAAUGAAGCCUCAGGCUUCAGCCCAGGCUGGACCCAUCCCUGUGGCUCCCAUUGGAACUCUCAAGCCACAGCCACAGCCACAGCCAGUCCCAGCCUCCUACACCACAGCAUCCACCCCUUCAAGACCUACCUUCAAUGUGCAAGUAAAGUCAGCGCAGCCCAGCCCUCACUACAUGGCUGGCCCUUCGUCAGGACAAAUGUAUGGCCCUGGGCCCCAUAGCUAUAACACUCAGCCCAUCCCUGUCUCUGGUCAGGGUCCACCUCCUUCAGCGCGGGGAAGCACAGAUUAUGGGUACGUCCCACCACCAGGACUUCAGCCAGAGCCUGCGUAUGGGUAUACCCCCAACCAAGGACGCUAUUAUGAUCCGUAUUAUGCAGCAGGGCCAGGGUAUGGAGGCAGAAAUGACUCUGAUCCUGCCUAUGGUCAACAAGGGCACCCCAAUACCUGGAAGCGAGAACCAGGAUAUGCUGCUCCUGUGGCUGGGAGCCAGAACCCUACUGGCAUGUAUCCAGCCGCUGGUCCCAAGAAGACCUACAUCACAGAUCCUGUUGUUGCAGCUCCUGGUGUACCGUCCCUGCAGCCAAAGAGUGGGCACGCAGGGCCUGGGGGUCCUCCUUCUGUUCCUUCUUCUUUCCGCCCAGAAGAUGAGCUGGAGCACUUGACCAAAAAGAUGCUGUAUGACAUGGAAAAUCCCCCUGCUGAUGAUUACUUUGGCCGCUGUGCUCGCUGUGGGGAGAAUGUGGUUGGGGAAGGCACGGGAUGCACUGCCAUGGAUCAGGUCUUCCACGUGGACUGCUUCACCUGCAUCAUCUGCAGCAACAAGCUCCGAGGGCAGCCCUUCUAUGCUGUGGAGAAGAAAGCAUACUGCGAGCCCUGCUACAUUAAUACGCUGGAGCAGUGCAGCGUGUGUUCCAAGCCCAUCAUGGAGCGCAUUCUCCGAGCCACCGGGAAGGCCUAUCACCCUCACUGCUUCACCUGCAUCAUGUGCCACCGCAGCCUGGAUGGCAUCCCAUUCACCGUGGAUGCUGGCGGGCUCAUUCACUGCAUCGAGGACUUCCACAAGAAAUUUGCCCCCCGAUGUUCCGUGUGCAAGGAGCCCAUCAUGCCAGCCCCAGGCCAGGAGGAGACUGUCCGCAUUGUGGCUCUGGAUCGCGACUUCCAUGUGCACUGCUACCGCUGCGAGGAUUGCGGUGGGCUCCUAUCAGAAGGAGAUAACCAAGGCUGCUACCCCCUGGAUGGGCACAUCCUGUGCAAGACCUGCAACUCUGCCCGCAUCCGGGUGCUGACCGCCAAGGCGAGCACCGACCUUUGAAUGGAGUAGCUUCAGUAGCUGCGUGGUGCGGACGCCACUGAAAGAACGAAACACAAGACGAGGAAUAGGAAAAUAGAGCCAAGGCAGUCGAGCUACGGGAUGGUCUCUUUUCUUCAUCGGCUGUUAACCUCCCUUUAGAAUCACGUGGCUUGUGAGAUUUUUUUUUUUUUUUUCUUCUUUUUUCUCUCAAGUUCUUCCCAAGUACACGGUUCACAUUUACUCCCGCAGGGGCCCCUGGCAGGUCUUUGUUCUGAGGACUUCCACAUUUUUUCAACAGAUUAUGCCCGUCCCAUUUGCUUCCGCAUUCUUGUAACUUUCAGUGCCCGUGUUGGUCUCACUUUUCAUCGGGUUCAGUAGCUUUUUUUAGUGUGGUAUUUGCUGUCACAUGGCUUUUCCUCGUCAAGUCUGCCAGCUCCCAGGUGCUGGGAGGCUUGAAGUCACUGUGCUCUCCCUCCCGCGCCGCCUGUAGCUACGAAUAUUAGCCCUUCUCUUGCUUUGUAUUGAAAAGUGUGUUUCCCUGUUGCUGUGUGGGCACUCUUAGCCUUUACAGAAAGCAAUGCACAAUUUGUGUUAGGCUCUAAAAACUUCAAGUUGUAGAAUGCAUGAAUUAGAACAGACCUAAAUUUGGCAUGCACACAACCAACUUCAGAAUCUGUACUGAUGUGUGAUCAGGGGUCUGUUGCAAAUAGUUACCACUUAGUAGCUAAGAGUAAAACACAACCAGCCUUCAGCUGUUUUUCAAGGAAAUUACAAGGGGGAUGCACUCAGUAUGCAUUCUGGGGAUAUGUUUGAAAAGAGUAUUAUUCUAAAAUACUACCCUAAGGUUUUCCUUUUUCCCACUACCUACACAUAACACAAACACACUUGCUUUUGUAACAUUUUCAAUACUUUUCAUCUUAGAAAUGUUGUGAUGUUUUUCCCUAAUAUACAAACACCACUACUGACGGGCUUUCCCCUCUGAAGAAAGAUAGCGAUGAAAAUAUUUCAGAUUUCUUUCUUUGCUUGCUUCUGAAUCUUCCUAGGCCCCAGGCUGUUGGGCCUAACAAUUGUAAGUCAAGAGACGCAAAAUGGAGUUGUGUUGCUUUAUUUCAUUUGCUGAGAAAGAGAGGAAGGCUUGAAGAGAGUGUGAAGCUUCGGUUUUGUUCUCCUCCUAAUCCUUCUACAACUUGACUUACACAGUGUGGGAAGCAUUUUCCUAUCAGCAGUGUGACAUGUACACCACACUUGCUGCGACAAUCACUGAAAAAAGUUCUCUUUCUGAGCUAAAAAUACGCAGAAUUUCUGCCUAAAAUCUUUAGCCAGACUCUUACUAGCCAGGGAAACACUUGCUUACCAACUGUGGAACCAUGUUUAUUAAGUUCCAGUGUGUCUUAUUUGAGGAAAGACACCUAGCUGAACAGUGGCAAUUUGCCAUUGUGUAAACUAAUUAGAUAUUUUGGCAUAGGAGUUUUUAAACCUCUCUUCAAAUCUUCCCCAAGUAUAUACUUUUUUAAAUUAUGGAAUAUUUUAAAUAUACAGGAAAGUAUAGAUAAUAAUAUAAUGAAUCCCUAUAUACAGUAACGCCUAGUUAAGAAAUCAGAUAUAACAAAUGUAGUCACACUUCCUUGUUCAUUUAUCCCUUAUUCCACAAAUGUCUUUUUCACAACUAUGAAGUGCUAGUUUUCUUGUCUGGUUUUUUUGUUUUUGUUUUUGUUUUGUAUUUUAAAUUUUAACAUCCAGAACCAAAAUGAAAAAUUAUCGGUGCAUGUUUUAAAUUGAGACCCAGGCCUCAGAAAUUUCAGUGAAAUUUAUUUCACAUAGAUAGGAAGCAUCAUAACAAUGAUUUUGUUUUUUAAGAGAAAUUCUUCAACGUGUGAUCUCUACAGCUCAUCUAAGUCAUCCAGAAGCUUCUUGACUUACGUCACACAGGAGUUUUGUCUUAGCAUCUCUGGGGACAUAAACUCUUCGAGCGUCCUCUGAGCAUUGUCCUAUUCUUACCGGCUUCUCUUACCUUUGACCUUGUAUUUCUCAUACUGUGAAAUAUAAUGAGAUUCACUUAAGGACAGUGAGUGAGUUUUAGGAUACAAGGGGAGCUGUGUCUCUGAAUUCCUGUUUUCUAAAGUAAAUAUGUGCUGAGGACCUCCCACAGCACUGACUCCCAGAGAACUGGGGCGGUCAUGUAUUCUGCUUGAAUUGAUUCAUUAAUGGGUUUACUGUUCACUGCUUUGCAGAAAUGGUCUAGAGACCAGAAGCAAAGAGUCCGAUUUAUUGAGGGAUGGCUUCUACGUCUAGAAGUAGUCAUAAAACAUGUUCUGCCUAAAGAAUUGAGGAAAUAAUGAUACCAUAAAAAUGCAAUGCCAUCCUAUUUGUUGCUUGCAAGCCCUACGUAACUGAAUGUUUACAAGCCAAAAGCAGAAGUUUUAAGAAAAUGCUGUCACAGGACAGCAUUGUGUCUUUCUGUGUCAUUGCCAGCAGAAUUCUACUUCCUCACAGUUUUUGUAAUACAUUCUCAUCACAUAACCUCAGAGUAUCUUUACCAAAGAUUUUUCAUUAAAUCUUUUUUAAUAAACUUACACUUUUAUAACAAUGAAUGUGCACACAUAAUACACAGAAUAUUUAGAUUUAGAUUUUUUUCUUUCACAAAGUCUACUAAGGAAAGGAUUCUACCAUAUUUUAUUCUAGGAUUUCUUAAAUAUGUGAUUUAUUUUGCUUUCUAUUGUUGUCUUUUUCUACUAAUCAUUUGAUCUAAACAAUGCCAAGUCACUCUUUACUGUUUUAGUACAUGAAAUUUUGCCUAUAACAGAGAUACAAAGAUCAUAUUACCCUAAUCAUUAUAUAUUCACUUUAUCUUUUGAUAUAUUGUCUUUAUUAUCAUUUUAAUACAUACCAGAAAAAAAUCAGAGUCUAUAACAAAGUUUUGUAAAAAUAUACCUAUUUUUUAAAAUCUAUUAAAAGCACAACUAUUUGAUAUUUCUGUGUGACAUGAGAGACUUAGAAAACCCGCUACAUCAUAAGCUCAGCAGAUUGUUUCAAACUCAGAUGUUCUUUCAGUGCUGAUGCUCCUGCAUGCUAGGCAAGCUCUCUACCCCUGAGCCCCAGCCCUGGACCAAAAUAAGCUUCUCUAAUUACUCGGAUUCCCAGAUCAUUGAGUUGGUGCCGAGUUUGAUUGGCAGGUGAUACUGUCUUUGAGACGCAAAUAAGUCAUGUGUCCCAACGUAAGGGACCAAGAGUGUUAGAAGCUGACAUCUCUGCAGCUCAUGGGAUGUGGGUUAUUUUUUUUUCCCCCUUGUCAUCUAUGCAUUGCAGUUUCAGCAACUGUUGAAUAUCUGGGGUCCUGAGGAGGAAAGAGAGGUUUUUUUUGGUUUUUUUUUUAAUCAGUCAGGCUAUAGAAUAGAAACAGAGCUCAGAAAACACAACUUUCAAUCAUUUUCCUACUUAGUAAAAAUCCUAUUAAUGUGAACCAGCCAGGAAUAACAGUGUUACUUGGAUUUGAUGUGGUUUGGGCCUCUCUUGUCAAAUCUGUGUCGGCUGCCCCCGGAUCCUUCCGUUACCACGUUUGGAAGGGUGUUGGGGAAAUCAUGGCAGCUGCUAGGGAAGUCAGGGAAACACUGCUGUAACCUCACAGCCUCUUGCCAUUCCCCUUGGCUUAGAAAGGCAUUUUGUUCAUAUGCAUUUCUAGAAAUAUUGCUAUUCUACCUUAGGAUUUCACAUUUGUAGUUUAAACAAGUGAUUGUCCAUCUGUUGCCUAGAGCUACAGUACAUGUGUGUUAUGAAUGAAAUAUGACAGCAUGUUCUAUCCCCCUGCUUUAGCCAUCUGUAGGAAACCAGCAGACAGAAAGAGAUAUACCUCUGCAAAAUGGGCCUCAAGGCCACUUCCUGGGAUGGUGGUUUUGGUGUGCUUCCAUGAGAGACAAUCAGAAAGUAACUCAGAAUUGUGCCUUAGCGUGACUACUCUGCAGAAGACUAAAAAUCAGAAAUCAUAAUCCCCAAAUCUCAAUAAUUUACUCAUCAAAGACUUAAAAUGCAAAACAAAAAUCCGGAAGAGACUAAAAUUUUUUAUCUCUGUGUGUGUGUGUGUGUGUGUGUGUGUGUG